UGCGCGCUCCCAGCGCGCGCGCGGGGGGGGGGCCCACCCGCGCUCCCGCCGUUGCCACUUUAAGAGCGGCGGGAGCGCGCGGUGGCGGUGGCGCGCUUCCCGGAACAGCCCGGGGAGGGCAGCGCGGCGAGAACCCACCCGCGGCCGGAGCUCCCGCGCGGACAUGGCCGCGGGGAUCGGGGCGCGGGCAGCGAUGGCCACGCGCGCCUGACAGGUGCGGAGCAUGUACGGCAAGGCGAGCAAGGGCUGCGCGCCCUCGGACGGGCAGGCGCGCGAGAAGCUCGCGCUGUAUGUAUAUGAGUAUCUACUGCAUGUGGGGGCACAGAAGUCGGCGCAGACCUUCCUGUCUGAGAUCCGUUGGGAAAAGAACAUCACAUUGGGUGAGCCUCCUGGCUUCCUGCACUCCUGGUGGUGCGUCUUCUGGGACCUGUAUUGUGCGGCACCAGACCGCAGGGAGGCCUGUGAACACUCCAGUGAGGCCAAAGUCUUCCAGGACUAUAGCGCAGCAGCAGCUCCCAGCCCUGUGAUGGGUGCCAUGACCCCAAACGAUGCAAUGGCAGCAGGCCCUGUGGCACCAGGCUUCUUCCAGCUGUGCCAGCUGACUGUGGUCUGCAGUCUGGAUCUGCAGCAGGGGACUAGCAAGCCCUUCAUGUCACCACGGUUCCCAGGGGGUGCCCGCCCAAUCCUAAGGAUGCCAGGCCAGCCUCCUGUGGGCCUCCCUGGCUCCCAGCCCCUCAUCCCCGCUGCCAUGGACCCCUCCCCACGAGUGCAGGGACACCCCAGCCUGGGAGGCCCGAUGCAGAGGGUGACCCCUCCAAGAGGAAUGGCCAGUGUUGGGCCCCAGGGCUAUGGAACUGGCAUGCGGCCCCCACCCAACUCCCUUGCCACCAGCCAGGUCCUGCCGUCCAUGAACAUGGGUCCAGGAGUGCGUGGCCCAUGGGCCAGUCCCAGCGGUAACUCGAUCCCGUACUCUUCCUCAUCUCCUGGCAGCUACUCGGGACCCGCAGGAGGAGGCGGAGCCCCUGGAACACCCAUCAUGCCCAGCCCUGGAGACUCCACCAACUCCAGCGAGAAUAUGUACACCAUCAUGAAUCCCAUCGGGCCGGGCGCUGGCAGGGCUAACGUGAGUGCGGGCCGGUGCGCCUCACCUGACGGGGACUCUGCGGGGGGCGGCCGGCCCGAGCCCCACGCUGCCCUGUGCCCGCAGUUCCCGCUCGGCCCCAGCCCGGAGGGCCCAAUGGCCUCAAUGAGCACGAUGGAGCCACACCACGUGAACGGAUCCCUGGGCUCGGGCGAUAUGGACGGGCUGCCGAAGAAUUCCCCCGGCGCCGUGGGCGGCCUGAGCAACGCCCCGGGGACCCCGCGCGACGAUGGCGAGAUGGCGGCUGCCGGGACCUUCCUGCACCCGUUCCCGAGCGAAAGCGUAAGCGCCUGCGUCGACUCCCCACCCGCGGCCGCAGCGGGCCGGAGGGGCCUGGCGGGCAGACCCCGGCGGGGCGGCCGCGGGGCCAGAGCAAGACCGUGACCGCGGCGGGCCAGGUGGGGGGGCGGCCGCGGCACCUUCCCCCUCCUUCCCAUCCUCCCCGGGUUCCCCUUGUCCCCGGGAGGGUGGGCCCCAGCCUCGGCCAGAGCUGAGCCGCGCUCCGCGCGCCGCCCUCUCUCCGCAGUACUCCCCCGGCAUGACCAUGAGCGUGUGAUAGUCCCGGCCUGAGCCCAGGGUCCUGCUGGUGAGGUCUCGGUCGCGGCAGCACCCCUGCCAUCCGGACUCCUGGCUAGCCCGGCCGGCCGGCAGGGCCCCCACGAAGGACUUUUAUCAUUUUCUAAACACACAUAUACACACACAAACUCAAAAGGACCUCAGAGAAGUGCAGGCCUCUGGACCUCUGUGCACACAAGGCUGGGGGGUGGGGGCAGGGGUUCUGCCAAUAAAUGCCAUUCCGUUUUGACUUUG